AUGUCAUUCACAGCUGUGCCAGUCUUGGAUCUUGCAAAAGCUAAUGACCCAGCUACAAAACCUCAACUACUCGAGGAGCUGCGUCAUGCCUUGAUGGAAGUCGGCUUUCUGUAUAUCAAGAAUACCGAUAUCUCAAAUGAUCUUCUGGAAAAAGUCAAAGCUACCGGGAAGGCAGUCUUCGACAUUCCUGGGGAGGAAAAGCUGAAGAUCGAGAUGAAGAAUGCACCUUCUUUCCUUGGUUACUCUCGUUUAGCAGCAGAGAUCACUGCCGGAAAGAUAGACCAACGCGAACAGUUCGACUUCUCGACAGAGCAUCCUAUUCCGGAAGCAGGAGCUCCGCGCUAUGAGAAUCUUCGAGCUCCGAAUCAAUGGCCAUCUGAGAACGCACUACCAGACUUUCGGGCGACCUUUACCGAAUACAUGAGCCGGAUGGGCGAGAUGUCUAUCGCUUUCACUUCUCUGAUUGCCGAAGCCAUCCACCUGCCUAGGAAUGCUUUCGAUAAAUACUUUGACAAAGACCAACAGCACAAACUGAAGAUCGUCAAAUAUCCAGACGUGUCAACUCUUGGUCAGGAUGGUAGUGUCGACGUGCAAGGUGUUGGUCCUCACAAAGAUUCGAUGCUCACGAGCUACCUGUUGCAAGUCACAGAUCAUCGUGGUCUCCAGGUGCAGAAUGUGCAAGGCAAAUGGAUUGAUUGUCCACCAAUUCCUGGCACGCUCGUUGUAGCCAUAGGCCAGGGACUCGAAGCCUUGACCCAAGGUGUUUGCGUAUCGACAACUCAUCGCGUGUUGUCGCCUUCUGCUGGUUCAGGCGCCAGACUUUCCAUACCAUUCUUCCAGGGAGUGAGAUAUGACGCAGAAUUUGACGAACUGGACGCGGUUGGCGUUGGUAGUGUCCCAGAAGAGAUCAAGGAACAACGCCGACGUGUGGUGGACAGAAGUGGUGGUCGCAUUGAUGAUGUUGAAUUCACGUUCAAGAAGGGUAACAAAGCGAAGACGCUUGGCGAGGCUACUCUGCGAAAUCGAGUCAAGAGUCAUCAGGAUGUCGGCCAACGUUGGUAUCCUGAUAUACUCCAAGAACUCCGUGAGGAGUGGGGGACAGCGACGUAG